AUGGCGGACGCUUUUUAUCUCCGUUAUUAUGUUGGACAUAGAGGCAAAUUUGGUCAUGAAUUUUUAGAAUUCGAGUUCAGACCGGAUGGUAAAUUGCGUUAUGCGAAUAACUCUAACUACAAAAAUGACACAAUGAUUCGAAAGGAGGCCACCGUCAGCAAAGCGGUUAUGGAAGAACUGAAGCGAAUAAUCAUUGACAGUGACAUAAUGAAUGAGGAUGAUGCCAACUGGCCCACUCCGGAUCGUGUUGGCCGCCAGGAGUUGGAGAUUGUAUGUGGAGAUGAGCAUAUUUCCUUCACGACCUCGAAAAUAGGAUCCUUAAUUGAAAUCAAUAACUGCAAGGACCCUGGAGGAUUGCACACAUUCUACUACUUGGUACAGGAUUUGAAAUGCUUAGUUUUCUCCCUCAUCGGACUUCACUUUAAGAUAAAACCCAUAUAA